AAGACAUGGAUGUGCUCCCGAUGUGUAGCAUCUUCCAGGAGCUGCAAAUCGUGCACGACACGGGAUAUUUCUCCGCUCUGCCGUCUCUGGAGGAAUACUGGCAACAGACUUGCUUAGAGCUGGAGCGAUAUCUUCAGAGCGAGCCCUGCUAUGUAUCUGCUUCUGAAAUCAAAUUUGACAGCCAAGAGGAUCUGUGGACCAAAAUUAUCCUGGCGCGUGAGAAGAAGGAGGAAUCGGAACAGAAGAGCACAUGCCUUCCAAAGGAGGACCACACUAGCAGCCCGAGCUUAGAGACUAACAGUUUGAAUUCUGAUCUCAGCAGCGAAUCGUCAGACAGCUCCGAGGAACUUUCGCCUACGACUAAAUUUACCUCUGAUCCCAUAAGUGAUGUUUUAGGCUUAGCCAGUACGGGGAACUUGAGUUCGUCGGUCACUUCCACUCCCCCUUCUUCUCCGGAGUUGGGCAAGGAACCGUCUUCUCAGCCGUGGAAUUGUGCGCCGGGUGAAUUGCAUUCGCCGGGCAAAAUUCGUAGUGGUACUGGUGGAAAGACUGCAGAAAAGGGUACUCCGGUCAACGGCGACGCCUCUCCGGAUGGGAGAAGGCGAGUUCACAGGUGUCAAUUCAAUGGGUGCAGGAAGGUUUACACCAAAAGUUCACAUCUGAAAGCACAUCAGCGUACUCAUACAGGAGAAAAGCCUUACAGGUGCUCAUGGGAAGGGUGCGAGUGGCGUUUUGCGAGGAGCGACGAGUUAACCAGACACUUCAGAAAGCACACGGGUGCCAAGCCUUUUAAAUGUAAUCACUGUGACAGGUGUUUUUCCAGGUCCGAUCACCUGGCCCUUCACAUGAAAAGGCACCUCUGAAUGGGUGAAGAGGUCGAAACCUGUGGGCGAAGAGGCUUCAAGGUGUGAGUGGCCUUGAAAGAAGGGAUGCGUGUUCCAGCCAAAGCAUGCCAUUUUUGCACCCUAACCCAGUUGCCUCCAGGGCCUCUCUUCCUUGGAAGGUCGCCAGAGGGCUAAAACAAGAGUCACAUAAGGAACGGCAUGGCGACCGCACGGUGUGGGUGCGUGAUGUUUCGGUCUCCUGGACUCACACGCUGGCACCCGACCUUCCGAGUGGCUUCUACGCCUUCCGCCGUGAGCACGUGCACUGAGAAUGUUAAUGAUUGGACGGGCUGUAUGUUACUAAGGAUCUACUGGGCGACUGUAUGCUGAGGCACAUUACUUUCUGUUUGUUAGUUUUUUGCGUUUGUUCCUUGUGGUUGGUUUUUAUAACCGUAAGAGAGGAAAAGUCAGCUGAA